AGUACGCGCAGGCAGAGCCGCCGAGGAAGCAGCCUGAUGACCGGGGGAAGAAGAGCGGCGCACACAAUGCACUGCUCGGGCUGACAAGGGUUGUGUCUCCCUGAUUUCCACCAUAAAUUUCCAAUUCAGUGGAAACUUGUGGAGGGUGCAGCAGCGGGGCCGUGCUCUCCUUCUCUGUCCGGAUCCACCGAGAACAACGACACCUUUGACCGGGAGCGGCUCCCAGCGGAAUCCUGGACGUUGGACUACCAGGGGUUAGGCUGCAUGACGGAGCUGCCCAGCCCGGCGGGGGCUCGGCCGACACCCUCGUUUAUGGAAAUCGACACCGAGGCUUUGAUAUUUGGGCCUUGAUUUUCUUUUCUUUUUCUCUUUUCUUUUUUUAAUUUACACAUGAUUGGAAGUGGAACAAAAGAAGAUAUUAUUAUUUUAUGGUUGAAGAAAAACGUCCUGCUUCUCUAUUAUUAUUAUUAUUAUUAUUAAAAAAAAAAUAAUAAAUAAAAAAAAAGCUUGUGGCUAACAGCUGGAGCGGCUAACGCUAGCUAGCCACGGCAAACGCUAGCUAGCUAGCUGGAGCGGCUAACGCUACGUCUUUCUUUCGAUGUCGGCCAUCAACACCUCGGCAGGGGGAACACUUCCUCUCCUGGCUGCUGGUUAUUAGCCAGCUUCACGACAAAACCACCCCGCCGUGACGCUUUUUUUUGAAGAAUAUCGCUUUAUUCUCCGGUUUCCGGCUUGAAUAUACCGUCACACGUAUCCACAGCUUUAGCCGUGUGCGUGCUAACCAAACAAGCUAACGGCUAAGCUAAUGUUAGCAUUCCUUCGGGGACUCGUGGAUGUUGUGAAUAAAAACAAAAAAAAAAACACAUGUGAAGAUACGGUUCUGAUGCUUUGCAAUGACACUAACAGGCACUGGUGCCGCUGGUCGGUUGUCAAAGCGUGAAUAAGAGCCACUGGUUCCCAUUAACGCCAUUUUAACUGGGUGUGGGGGGGUGGGGGGUGCGUGCUGGUGUUUUCAUCCGAGGUUCGGUGCCUUCCGCCCGGCCGGGGACUCGAGUAAAAGGCCGCACAAAGCAGGAGAGACAUGGAAGGCCCGAGCAGGAGCAGCGGGUUCCGGCAGAGCAGGCGGUCCCGAUCCCAGCGCGACAGGGAGCGGCGGAGGAGGCGGGUGGACCUGGCCGAGCAGCGGGCCACGUCCCUGUCCUCGGGCUCCGACCGGGAGGCCCGCGGGACCAGCAGCGUCCGACCCGGCUACGGGAGACACAGGCCGCCGCGGAGGAGGAAGAGGGAGUCGGUGUCCUGCGAGGAAGACAUCAUCGACGGGUUCGCUAUUGCGAGCUUUGUCAGCCUGGAGGCUCUGGAGAUGGACUGCUCUCUGAAGCCCAGUCAGCGCACUGAUAUGCCUGGACGGAGGAACAAGGGGAAGAGAGGUCCGGAGGAGAACGGUGGAGGUCCGCUGUCGGAGCCGGAGGACGGAGCUCCGCACAGCUACUCCAGCAGCUGUUGGAACAAGAGUAAAAAUAAGAGGAGAAAAAUCGAGGGACACCCUUUGGAGACUGGCUACAUUUGUGACACUGAGAGUGAUACAGGAGAUAAGGCCACCGACAACGACAUGGACCCAGUCUUCACAGUCAGUACGAGGAAAGUCGUGGAGCCCGCUCCCUCAAACAUGGGCACGACCAUUGGCAAAAUCUGUCCGCCUCUCCCGGCCCGUUGCGGCGGCGUCUCGCGGUUGAUGGUGACCCCGAGGGUAUCCGGCUUGGAGCGAAGUCAGGAGAAAAACCUGGAGCAGCAUUUCACGGAGCCCGUUUCCUCUUCUACCUCUUCUGGGCCCUUCUCUCGCCUGCCUUCCCCGGUCACGACCUCGGGCGCCGUCCCGCGUUCCAGCCCGUUCAACGGCAACGGCAGCCGCCACAACGGCAGCCCGCCGCUCUCCAAACCCAAACCCUUCCCCCCGUUGCCAGGAAGAUCUCACUCCAUCUACAACAUCAACAGGAGCAACACUCCAGUCAAACCUCCCUCAUCUGCGUCAUCUGUUGCGUCUUCCUCGUCCUCCAUGCGGCCCCCGACUCCCUCCACCAGUGUGUCGCUGCCCUACUUCAGGAGCUCGGGAUCCUCGGGGCCCCUCCGGCCCCCGUCAAGAGCCAGCGCUGGGACCUUGUAUGCAUCCUCACCUGGACUUCCUCCCCCUCCGCCUCUGCUACAAGGUCCCGGCCACUCAACUGCAGCAGAGCGCGAGGGCCGACGCAGCGUCCCGGGGGCCGAAAACAACGCAGCAGCCGCAGGCCGCUCCACGCCCGGUGGUCCAUCGGCAUCGAACUCUGGACCCGGUUCAUCAGGCCGGACGUCCCAGAACCAGCCGAGCAUCCCGCCCAUGGCCUUCCAGUUCCAUCAGCACAACCACCAGCACCAACACACGCACACGCACCAACACUUCACGCCCUUCCUGCACCCCACGGCGACCGCACCGCCUCUGUUUGAUAAGUAUCCAGGCAAAAUGGACGGGCUGUACCGACACCCUUUCUUCCCACAGUACCCUCCGCCCUCGGUGCCGAGUAUCCAGCCUGUGAUUCCUCCCAAUGGGCCUUUCAGUUCCUUACAAGGAGCAUUUCAGCCAAAGGGAGCCGGUCCUGAUUUAACCUCACGACUCGUUGUUCCUCACCACCUGCAGCCCAAAGACCCCAGACUAACUGAUCCAUUUCGGACAUCGUUGAAAAUCAGUAAUAAACCAGGAAAGUGGUGUGCUAUGCAUGUGUAUGUGGCCUGGAUGAUUCUGAGCCAUCAGAAAAAAGUGAAGCUGAUGCGUGCGGAUCCUCACAAGUUGGACUUCCGUAGUGACCUGCUGGCCCGUCUUCCUGGAGCGGGAGGUCUGGGCCCACUGGGGCCCAUGGGAGGAGCCAUGCCUCCCACUCAUGAUCUGACCAGACCUCCCAGUCUGUUCUCAGCUGCAGGGGCAGUCAAUCCGUCCUCCGCUCCUUUCAUCUCUCCAUCAACGCCCCACUCCUCUUUCCUCCCACCGACUGCACACUUGGAUCCGUAUGGCCGAUCCCCACCCUUCACCCCUCUGGGAGCGCUUGGUUCUGGUGCCUUUGGAGGACUUGGCAGCCCAACACUGGCAGGAUCUGUGUUUGGUCCUAAAGACUCACCAGCUGGCGUGGUCGGAGGCCUGUCCACCCCGAACCAUCACGACCCGUGGAACCGUCUUCACGGCGGCCCGUCUGGGUUCGCUCCCGGCCCCAGCUGGGCUAAAGGGCCGGACAAGCGGGACGAGAGGGACCGAGCGAAGGACAUGGACAGGAGAGACAUCCCCCACAUCAAGGAUGAAAAGGACAGAGACAAUAUGCUGUACGGCCGACAACCUGUGAGAAUGUCUCCAGUUGCGCCUUCCUUCAAGCCCCGCAGUAGCACCCCGGUCUCCCACAUCAACGGCCACAGCAGCACACGGGGCGGCGCCGGGCCGAUUGAGGACCUGACGCGCAGCCUAAGCAGAGACAGAGACCGCGAGCGAGACAGAGACGGCGACAAGAGGCCGCAGCAAACGUCGUCUUCACGUGGACCUCCUUCGUCUUUAGUAGCAGACAGGGACAGGCCGCGGUCGUCCUCGUCCUCCGUGCUCACCACCCCCCCGCCCACCAACCGCUCGGCCCCGUCUCCGAUGGAGCUCUACCCCCGCUCGAUGGCCCCGACGGCACACGGCCUCCACAACGAACCCUCGCACUCCCAAAGAGACGGUAACCUCCCUUCUUCCUCCGCGGCGUCCGCCUCCGUCACUUCUUUGUCUCAGGCCAAGAAGUCUGACCGGACCACGACGCCCGUCUCCAAACCGCCGCUGCUCCUCCCGCCGGUUAAAGUCAAGGAGGAGCGUAAAGAGGAGCCGGAGCACAUCCCCAUCACCCUCCCUCCGCCGGCACCCAACCACAGCUUUGACCGACCCAACAGCCAUCCUCACCACCAUCGCUCCGGCACCCCUUCCUCCUCUAUGUCACUGACUCCCACUCCCGGUGUUCCCCACAUGCCUCAAAAUCCUAACCCUCCUUCCCACCAACACCUCGCCCUGCUGGACCGCUCCAGGGCUAUAGAGGCGUAUCUGGGGAGCACGGGUGCUGCGGGUUUGAUGAUGGGUCCAGGAGGAGAGCGGUUCCACCACGGUCCGGGGCAAGGACCAUCACAGGGUCCGCACAGCUUCACCUGGGACCCCUGGAGGGAGCUGGCGGCUCAGCAGCAGCAUCAUCAUCAUCGUAGGGAGGCGAUGGCACUACGGGCAGAUCCCCACUUAGCCCUGCGGACCGAUCCACACCUGGCCCGACUGCUCCAGCACCAGCGCCUUCUGGAGGCGGAGAGGGCCGCGGCUUUAGCGUCCGCUGUCGCUGCGGCCAACCCUCACCACCCUCCGACUUCUACCUCUGCCUCCAACUCUGCUGUCCGCCAGGAGUUCGGCCUGAUGGCCCACCACUUUGACCGCCCUCAUCACCUCGGACACCCGGGUGGCGGUCUCAUGGACGAGGAGCAGCGCGCCCAGAUCCUGAGGGAAGACUUUGAGCGCGCUCGCUACUUCGGGAUGCAUCCGCAUGCGCAAAUCCACCCCGGCUCUCACCUCUCUGGCCCCUCUCAUGCUGCUACCGCCGCUCACCUGGAGCAGCUCCACCCUGGCCUUCUCUCCCACUCGCUCCCCCACGGCGCCUCCCCCGCUGCCCAGCACCACGCUGGCCUCUUCGCCCGUCUGGGCCACCUGAACGCGCACCACGUGCCCAACGGCAUCCUGACAAAGACCCCCUCGGGCUUGGUGGGAGCCCUGGCGAUGGGGGCGCCGCCUCCGCUCAUUCCGUCCAUCACCAGCCGGUCGUCCACGCCGCCACGUAGACUCGGCGGGCCGGGCGAUCUGGCUAUGUAUGGUGCCCACAAAGACGGGGAGUCCAGAUAGUACAGGGACAACACUGGAGGAGAUUAAGGGAAAUGUCAGGAUCACUGUGCUGCUCUCAACCUGCCCCCCCUUUGCCUCUUGCAGACUACUAAACCCUGCUCUCCCAGUUACACAACCAAACCAGCUCCAGCACCCCCCAAACCCCCCCAACCGCCAUCCCAAACAAGGGUAACCAUGACUGGCUGGAGGUGACAGAAGGGAGGGAAACGCAAGACUCAUCAGUGUGACUUAGAAUAUGCGCAAUGGUUCUAUCAGUGCAAUUUAAAGGUACACGGUUUCUGUGCAUCCUUGGUGUAUUUUUAUGUUAUACUGGCUGUUGGUUACCACAGUAGGCCCAUUUUGAAAAGCUGUAGGAAAAGAAGAGGGAAGCUUUUCUUUAAUUCUUCAGGUGAAUUAAGAUCCUGGAUUGGAAAUGACUUCCAGAGGGACGUGCACUGUGAAAAAAAAAAAAAAA